GGAACUGCGGAGAAGCCAAAAAAACUUUCUCCUUACCCUGAGUGUCUGCAGUCAGUCUAAACACGGAGUUAGGAAUCUUUGCAGCAGCGACCUCACUUUUCGUCCUGGGGCUCUGGCCCCACCAUGCCCACCCUGCCCACACACACCCUCGGAGCUUGCUUUCCGCAGACCCACCCUCUGUCCUGUCCUUCACUGCGGUUCUCCUGGCCCGGCAGGUUCUGGGUUAUGCCUCAAGGCUCUGCCGCCGCCUCCGCCCGCGCUGCGUUCCCCGCGUGAGCGCUGGAUUAUUCCAGUCUUUGAGCAUGGCAGAUUUCCACCGGAUGACAUCAUGGGAGCUGAGUGAGUGCCGGCUGCGAGAGGGGGACGGAGAAUGGGAGGGGGAGGAGAGGAGGGGAGAGGGCUGGGAAGCAGAGCCAGAGCCCGGCUGCCCGCCACCCAGCUGCACGUCCGCAGGCUGGGGAGGAGCGCUCCGCCCGCUAUUGACAAAGGAUGGGAGGAUGCCUGAGCCCCGGGAUGCUCGUUGCGCACAGCCGGUUGGCCGCCUGAGCUACUUCGCCCUCAGCCGGUGAGUGAUUGCGAAGAUCAUUCAAUUAGCUUCACUGCGUGCCCGCACCCUCCUCGGCUCACCUACCGGGGCGCCUGCGUCCUUGACCCCCAGCGGGUCUGGGCACAGCACCAGACCCGGAGCACAGGCAGCAGGUGCCUAUGCCCAGUGGGUCUGCGGAGGACCUGAGGCUCCUGGCUAGGGUUCGUGGUGGGUGCUGGGACCCAACUCCUUGAGGGCGGGCUCGCCCUGCCGGCGCCGCUCUGGUGCGUGGAGGCUAUUUAAGCCGGCUCCCGGGGGGUCGUUACCUCUAUUGGCACGCCUGCGCCCGCCCUGCGCGCAAGUCAUUCCUGAUAGAUCCCAGUGCGCGGCUCGCUGUUUACACCAGCUUGGUCCUAGUAACCGAGCCGCACCCCUCGAAAAGCGCGGAAUCGAUGAGAGCCCCUUCACAGGCUCACGAGCUACCGGUGCCGGAUUGCGGACGACCGGCACCCAUUGCCCAGGGAGGGCGCGCGCCACGGACCACCGAGGGCAGUCUUUGUCUUGGGCUUAACGCUGAUGCGCACAGACCUGAGUAAGGCUCUCCGCAACCGUCGAGUCGGAUCCAGGUCCCAGGCACCCACCCGCCUGGGUGAGGGAUGCCAUUGUGUUCCUGCUGCAGGUGGAACUUAAGACGCUGGGACUGAAGACGCCAGAGGGUCCUGCGCCCACGGGAAAUGUACCCAAGAAGAAUUCUGAAAAAAUAUACUCAGUCGCCCUGCUGUGAUUAAACGAGACACUGCUAUAUGUUAACUGAGCUUGGCAAAGUAAGGAUAUGAACAGUUGUGCAAGUGGGCUCUCUAGGGCGAGUGAAGAGAUAAGGCGUCCAGCCGGGGACGGGCAACCUGCAGCCCUGCCAGUAUGCCCCUCCACCAGAUAUCCGUAAUCCCAGCCCGGGAGACCGCCAGCAAUGGGAGAAGUUCCAUGGGCAGAAACAAAGAGAAGAACAAGGAAGUCGAGAAUGACAAAUCCCCGGGACGAUCUGCAAGCCGAUCGAGUAAUAUUUCAAAAGCAAGCAGCCCAACAACAGGGACAGCUCCCAGGAGCCAGUCAAGGUUGUCUGUCUGUCCAUCCACUCAGGACAUCUGCAGAUCUGCCAUCUUGCAUGAUAUGUCAGAAGAUGCAUUUGAGCAGUGCACCCCUGUCAUGGUUCUGAGCCCUGCUAGGAAGGACUUUGGUAAGAAAUCAGUAAAACAGAGGCCUAGGAGGAGGAGAAGGGCCUCUGAGAGAUAUGAGCAUACAGGAGAGCCAGUAAAAGGAAAAAGAAAUGAUUUCAACCUCCAAAUAUCAAGCCCCAGAUGGAGGGAGCUUCACACAGAUUCUUCAGAUUCAUCUUCCACAGAUGAGAGUCAUUGGAUUCAGGCAAAAAGGAGAGCCCAAAUUCCAUUCCGACUGUCACGAAGAAGAAGUAACAAUAAAUCAUGUGGAAACUUGGAUGGGCCUUCUUCUCCAAAUAGAAUUGAUCUGGUAGAUUUGGGAUCCAAAGGUGAAAAGCAACAAGAGCUGAUCAAAUGUGAGAGUUGCUCCUUAAAUCUCUGCAGAGGAAAAGGCCCAUGGCACCAAGAGUACAACGUUUCCCUGCCUAUAGGAUCCUUUGAGAUUAAGAGAUCCUCAAGGAACCAUGAAAGAAGCAAAGGCAGAUACCACCACAGGGACCCACAGCUCUUGCAUAGUCUUAGGCAAAAUGAAACAAUCAAGAAAAGAUUUUCAGAGCCAGGUUGCAGCACUGAAAUAUUGGCAGUAACAGAAGGCAGCGAGUAUGUGGAUGGUGCAAGGUUCCAGGAGAAUAACUCUGUUCAGAAGCCCCCUGCCACCUACCACGAUGCUUCUGAUAAUGUAAAACUAUGCAGGAUCUGUCACUGCGAAGGGGAUGAAGAGAGCCCCCUCAUCACGCCCUGUCGCUGCACGGGCACCCUGCGCUUUGUCCACCAGUCCUGCCUCCAUCAGUGGAUCAAGAGCUCAGACACGCGCUGCUGCGAGCUCUGCAAGUAUGACUUCAUAAUGGAGACCAAGCUCAAACCCCUCCGGAAGUGGGAGAAGCUACAGAUGACCACGAGCGAAAGGAGGAAAAUAUUCUGCUCCGUCACGUUCCACGUCAUCGCGAUCACCUGCGUGGUUUGGUCCUUGUAUGUGUUAAUAGAUCGGACGGCGGAGGAAAUCAAGCAAGGCAACGACAACGGUAAGGGCGCUUCUUUGUUCCCCUCUUGGAUGCCGUGAUGAUACCCAGGACAUGGCAGGGAAGCCAUUUCCCCGCUUUAGACCUUCAUGGAUGGUGCACUAGCAACAACCAGGGCUGGCAAUCGAGUCUUCUCCAAAUUAUGCUAGUGACUAAUAUUCUGACCAUAAAUGGUCAAGCAGGGAUGUGAGAUUUAUCAAGGCCACGUGAAUCUUAGUAGGGAGAAAUAUUUAAAAUGUCAUCCACCACUCCAGGCUUUUCAGGAGCUGGAUAAGGAUCAGGUUUUUCCAGAUGGCAAAAGGCAAACGGUUGUCAAAAUGGAAGGUUUUUUCAUUUUAUUUAAUUUGCCCAGUCAUUUAGCUUCUUUUAAAACAUGAAUAUGAUACUGUAGUAGAGAAUGUUAUAGCUUAUUAAUACU